UAUGUCGUGUCCCCGCUCUCCAUUUCCUUUGAUUAGCUCUAUUAAAGCUUGUCGAUGCGCAAAAUCUGUGCGGAGGUGUGACAAAAAAAUGUGUUAAUAUUUCAGGUGUGAGAAAAAUACAUAGAUACAUUUAUAUAUUAUGUGUGUGUGUGCUUAUGUAUGUAUGUAUACAUACGUAAGUACGUAUAAGUAAUAUAAUAGACCUGAUAUAUGUAAAUAGUUGUCAGUCGACUCGUAUACUGCUAAAGUGCUUUCCUGAAUCUGCGAGUUCAGUGUGAGUCACCCUGUCAUAUAAAGAAGUAAGAAGACAAUUUUAAGUAGUUACCAGUCGACCCCUUUCAUACCCCCGGCUUAUUAAGACUACAUGUGCUUCCUAUGAAUGAAUUUAAUCGUAUUUCACCUCUUGUUGUAAACACAGCAACCGUGUCCUUAAUUUUCUAUUUACUUCCACCACACCUUAUAGCUGCUUGAUUCUGUCUCGACCAGUAAAACCGCAACCACCUGACACCUCUCACUGGUGUAGUAUGUUGUCGCACAUCGUCUCAGAUGGAUGCUACCCAGACUUCAGGACCACAAAAUCAAACAACACCUAUAAACUGAAAUGCAGUUUAAUUUUAUAAGUUUGAUGCAUCGCCACUAUAUCUUCUUUCCGUCUUGUACCUGUUGGAAUGCUGAGCAAAACCCCCUUUCUCUAUAAGGCCGAGAAACUUGGGUGAUGAUCAAAUCUCUAUCAUACUAUUUAUUCUUCAUUGUGUUUCUGACAUAUACAAAUGGCUGUCCCACUUCCUGCAGCUGCUCUGGCACUGUGGUGGUGUGCCAGAGUGGGUCAUUACAAAACACAGUUGCAAAAGUGCCGAAAUCUACACAGCAGCUGACACUACAGGGCAGUAAGAUGCGUGGUGAUCUGAAGCAAAGCUUUUCUCGUACUGAAUCCUUCAGUCAACUCAAUAACUUAACUGUAACAAAGUAUUACAUUUCUCAACUUUCUGAGACAACAUUCCAAGGCAUGGUGAACUUACAGUAUCUUUCAUUGACACACAAUGAUAUCACCAAUGUAGACAACAAAGCCUUUGAAGGACUCUCGAACCUAAUUCAUUUAGAUCUGUCUCACAACUUGAUUGCAAAUAUUGAUGAUAUUUUUUACACCUUACAUAAAUUAGAGUUUCUUGACUUGUCGUGGAACCAGGUUUAUUCUCUCCCGAGUGGUAUUUUUAAGUCUCAAGGUAAGCUGAACACUUUGAUCCUUGAUGGGAAUAACAUGCAGAAUAUUUACAGCUACAGUUUUCAGUGGUUGCGCAGUUUGCUGCAUUUAUCACUUAGUAACUGUCAGUUGUUUUCAAUAGCAACGGAUCUGUUCACAAUUACUCGUAAUUUAAUAAGCUUGGACUUGUCAAGUAACGGACUGACCAAACCUCUCAUGCUGAAUAUCCUUCGCAGUCUUCCAAAUUUGAGGACUCUUUCUUUGUACAAUAAUACCAUUUAUAAACUAGAAGAGAACCAGUUUUCUGGUAUCAACCUUGAUACUUUGAACUUGUCUCGGAAUAAUCUUCGACAGAUCUUUGAUGAGACUUUUAAAUACUUCAACACUAAACAUUUAGAUUUAUCACUGAACUCAAUUGACCAUUUAGACAGUGGCUCUUUGCAUCCAAUGGCACCCCAGCUUGAAUAUUUAAGCUUAUCUGGAAAUCCUCUCCAAAAACUUCCAGUUAAUGCUUUUACAGAGUUAUAUCGGUUGCGAGAACUGAAUCUCUCUGACUGUUCAAUAAACAGUUUGAACCAAUUUGAAGGACCCAGAAGCCUUCAGAAAUUAGAUCUUUCUGCUAAUAAUCUCAAAAAUAUCCCAGAAUCAACUUUGCGUAUAUUUUCCAAUUUAAAAUGGAUAAAAGUUGAUAGGAACUCUUGGGUGUGUGACUGUCAUAUAAGAGGAUUCCGUAACUGGUUACAGAAUCCAACAUAUUCUCGAACGUUACAGUGCUCAAAUCAGUAUCAAUCUGAUGGGUGUGAUUUUCUUCAGUGUGAGAUUCCAUUAGGUCUACAUGAGCGCCGCAUUAAACAGCUUACAGAUGAAGAGAUUUCCAAGUGUGAUGUCGAGUUGAAGAACAAACCAGAUUCUAAUACGGUAUUAAUCAUUGCAAUAAGUUGCAGUAUUUUUGCAGUUGUUGUUUUCAUGGCUUUAAUAGUUCUCUGGAAGUGUGUUUGUAAAAAAAAUGGCCCAAAUUGGCUGUGCAACCGAUCUGCAGAAGAUAGCAGUCAUUUGGAAAAAUCUGAGAAACGAAGAGCAUUUCAGGAUCUCGAUAUUGGGUCCUUGAAUGAGUCAGACCGAAGUUUCAAUGUUAGGAACUAUUUUAACUCAAUGGUUCAGAACCCGUCCAGUUUAACCCAAGAAACUCCUCCUUACUCUCAGAAAGACUUCAAUUCCAACUUGGGCUCCCAGACCUCUCUUUACUCAGUGGUAAGCUAUGCAUACGGCAGAGAAUCAGCUGUAUAGACAUUAACACUUCAGUACAUUCUAAGAAUUUUAUUUUUCUACAUCAAUUUUCUACACAGGACUUUAUUACAUAAUUAUGAAUUACAGACAAAAAAAAACUAAAACAAAUUUUAAUCUCUCA